AUGAACGAAGCGUUUCAGUCUUUCAUCAGAGUUCCACAGAGAGACCAAUUAAAAAGAGCUGGUGCAAGUCAGAAAAUUGGGUUCUUUUACAAGGCAAAGUCAUUAGGUGCAAAGCUAGAGCACGCAUGUUCUGCUGCUUUUAGGACCCCAUCCUAA